UCAACUGUCUCCGCUAGUUGUGUCCUCCUUUCCACCAUUAAAACUGAACUUUGAAGCUCUGAAGUUUCAUUUUCAAAGCUCUGUUUUUGUGAUUUUCUGUUGGUUUUGAGAUGGGGGAAGAUUCGAAGGAGUGUGAGUUUUGGCUGCCGCCGGAGUUUCUCACCGGCGAUGAUGUUUUUAUGGGGUUUAAGGGGAACAGUAAAGGAGAGGGAAAUGAAAGAAAGAGGUACUUUGGUUGUGAUUUUCAGAACGAGUUUUCAUAUGGGUUUAAUAUGUUUGGUCCUCAUUCGGAUCUGAGUUCGCCGGUGGAGUCGGUUGUUGGUUCGACUGAGACGGAGAGUGAUGAAGAAGACUAUAUCACUGAGCUAACUCGACAGAUGGCUCAGUCCACUCUAGAAAACCGCAAGGUGUAUAAAUUGUCGAGUUCUCCUCAGUCAACUUUAUGUGGUGUGCUUGGGUCUAAACAGGGGUUACAGAGUGAGAGCCCAAAUAGCCCUUUUCAGGUUUGUUCUCCGACGGAAGUGCAGGGGGUCAAGGGGACUGUGGAUUUGCUGUAUGCUGCUGUUGGUGAGGUUGCAAGAAUGAAGAAAAUGGAGGAAGAGGUUGGAAUUUGGGCUUCUCCAAGGAAGUCAAGUCCAGUCUAUGUAGAUCCAAAAAUGUCUCAACCAAAUCAUGGCUCGUUUUACUCUAAUCAGCCACCACUCUCUUACCAGCAGUUUAAAAUGGCUCAAUUUCAGCGUUUGAAGCAACAACAGAUAAUGAAGCAAAGGCAAUUUGUAUCGGGUCCUGAAAAAGAAGGAUUUUGGCAGUACCAACUGAGGCAGAAUCACCAAAAUCAGAGUAUACAGGGAAGGGACAGAAAUGGAGCUGAGAGGCCUGUGAACAUGGCAAUGUCUGGUGCUUGGCCUGCCCUACAACAAUCUCACCACCACCACCACCACCUGAAACAGCCACCGCCGCCGCCUCCUGUCUCCAGCAUGCGUGCUGUUAUCCUUGGAAAUGCUGCACCCAAAAGAGAAUGUGCUGGAACAGGGGUGUUCAUUCCCAGAAGAGUUGUAGCUCAAACUGAAACUCGCAAGAAACCAGGUUGCUCCACAGUUCUUCUGCCUGACAGAGUGGUCCAAGCUCUGAAUUUGCAGCCUCAGGUUCAACCCAGAUGUAAUAAUGGUGGGGUUAUGAAGUACCGGAAUUUGGGAGAACAACAAUGGCGAAAUUUAAGAAGUCAGGCAGCAGUAGAAGCAAUAUCUCAAGAACAUCAACUUCCUCAGGAGUGGACUUACUAAAAAUCUACUGACUCAGAAGAAAACUUGUGUUUAGUUUUUGGUAGUGAAGAUUUGUUUGUUUAGUUUAAAGAGGAAUGGGUUUUUGGGGUUAGUAAUUUUAGGGUUAUAUGAUAAACUAAUUUUCAUAGUAAGGUAAGAUGAAGGAGGAUGAUGAUUUAGGGUGGGGAGUAGAAGACAAGGCUCUAGAUUCAAGAAGAAGAAAAAAAGGGGUUUAGUAGAUUUUUAGGUACUGUUUUGUUUUGGAUUAAGAUUAGAUUAUACUAAGUAUAUGACAAAAAUAAACUUGUUUAGUCAAUCAAGAAAUGGGGGAGAAAGUUGACUGUGUCUUGUUUUGGUUGUGGAAUACUUGAAAUACAGUCUAAUUUUCUCUUUUUUGGUUUUAAUCAGCAAAUGUAAUGGGAAUCAUCUAUCAAUAAGUAUACCAUUUGGCCUUUGUUUUAA